AUGGAUGCCAGGCGGGAUUCUGUCCAGAUGGACGCUCUAUCCAAUGAAGCGCAUCGCGAGGAGAAGCAGAAUCUGUUGCCGGUUCUGGCGGAUGAGAAGUCUGAGGGGACCAUCACGCGGCGCGUGAGUUUCGAGUCGAUCCAGAACGCGACGAGCUAUGAGUCGAUUCAGAACCCGUUACUACGGGCCGCGGACGAGAAGGUUGAAGGGAGCAAGGCGCGGCGCGUGAUGAGUUUCGAGGCGGACGAGGCGCCUCAAAAGCAGAAUCUGCUGCCGAUACGGGCGGAUGAGAAGCUGGAUGGGAGCAUGACGCGGCGCGGGAUGCUCGCCGCAGUCUCGUAUAUGUUCUGCGCAGUCACACUCGUUAUGUUCAACAAGGCCGCCCUCUCCUCCUUCAACUUCCCCUGCGCCAACGUCAUCUCUCUACUUCAGAUUCUCUCCUCCACGGCGCUCCUAGCCGUGCUGCGCAUGGCAGGCGUUCUCACCUUCGCGGACAGCUCCGCAACACCCGACGUGGCUAGUAGUGCUUUCGUGCCUCUGUCUACGCUCGGCCGAGUGCUGCCUCUCUCCCUCGCGUACAUGCUCAACGUGGUGAUCAGCAUGGCGAGCAUAAGAGGGGUGAAUGUCCCUAUGUACACGGCUCUCAGGCGCACCACAGUGGCCUUCACCCUCACUGCAGAGCGGCUGCUGGCAAGCAAGCAGCACUCCGCCUACACGCUCGUCAGUGUGGCAGUAAUUGUAAUAGGAGCACUCGUGGCAGCAGUGAGGGAUUUCUCAUUCGAGGCCUACGGCUACUCUGUCGUUCUCCUGUCAAACAUCACCACCGCUCUGUACCUCACUCUUAUCGCGCGGCUAGGCAAAUCAACCGGCCUAAACAGCUUCGGCCUCAUGUGGUCCAAUGGAAUCAACUGCAUACCCGCGCUGCUCCUCUGGACGUUUCUCUCGGGGGAGAUUCAACGGGCGCUCGCAUUCCCUGCACUGCUUGACCCUGCUUUCCUGGUGGUGCUCUCCAUGUCGUGUCUCAUGGCCUUCGCACUCAACUACACUGUGUUUCUCAACACCUCUCUCAACUCUGCCCUCACUCAAAACAUGUGUGGCAACUUGAAGGAUUUAGGAACGGUUGGGAUCGGUUGGGCUCUCUUUGGAGGCCUGCCAUUUGAUGUG